GCUCUGGGGCCGAAAAUACUUUAGAAACGCUGGACUUCGAUUCCUGCAUUUUGUGCGUUUGGAUGUUGCCAAACAUACUGUUACCGUUGACAUUGGACGGUGUUAACUUUAAAUACGAGUGUGGACCAAGUCAAACAAACUCGAAUUUCACUCGGAACUCCUCUUCGUCCAAUUCACUCAUUUAACUGAACCGUUUGAGGUGCGCACAUCAGAUGAGGCGGCUCUAUAUUCUGCUGACAGUGGGCGAUGAUAACCGAGGGAGAGGGGACAAACUGAGAGACCAGAUAUGAGUGGAGAGGUGGAAGGUUGUGGUAAUGUGUGAGAGGGAGGAGGUGACGAGAAGUGGGAAGUGAACAGAAAAACGCCAAGGGUCAAGAUCUCUUUGAUCAGAUUGUUUACCAUUUGGACCUUGUAGAGGUGGAAUAUUUUAGCUUGCAGUUCAUGGAUGCCUUACAAGUUUCACACUGGUUAGACUAUACAAAGCCUAUCAAGAAACAAAUGAAAAUUGGACCUCCUUACUGCUUGCACUUCAGAAUAAAAUUCUAUUCCUCUGAACCAAACAAUCUUCGUGAAGAGUUUACAAGGUAUCUCUUUGUGCUGCAACUUAGACAAGAUGUUCUUUCUGGCAAACUGAAAUGUCCAUAUGACAUUGGUGUGGAACUGGCUGCUUCUUGCCUACAAACGGAGCUUGGAGACUGUGAAAUUCAUGAACACUCUCCAGAGCUGGUGUCAGAAUUCAGGUUUAUCCCCAAUCAGACCGAGGAUAUAGAGAUAGACAUUUUUUCACGCUGGAAGGAUUUCAGGGGAAGAAGCCCAGCACAAGCAGAAUUGUGUUUCUUAAACAAAGCCAAGUGGCUAGAAAUGUAUGGAGUGGAUAUGCACACUGUAAAGGGAAGAGACGGUUAUGAGUAUUCCCUUGGAUUGACACCAACAGGCAUCUUGGUCUUUGAAGGAUCAAACAAAAUAGGCCUGUUCUUUUGGCCUAAAAUCACCCGCCUUGAUUUCAAAAAGAACAAAUUAACUCUUAUUGUCGUGGAGGAUGAUGAGCAGGGUAGGGAACAGGAGCAUACGUUUGUUUUCCGGCUAGAUAAUUCCAAAGCCUGUAAGCACUUGUGGAGAUGUGCCGUGGAGAACCAUGCCUUUUUCAGACUGCGAGCACCUACCCAAAGCAAAGCGGGGCGGUCGGAUUUGAUGCGUUUGGGUUCUCGCUUUAGGUUCAGUGGCAGGACUGAAUAUGAAGCAACACACAAGAGUAGAUUACGUCGGGCGAGUACAUUUGAAAGACGCCCGAGCAAACGCUACCCCUCACGGAGGCAUUCCACAGUGAAAGCUCCAAAUCCAACGAAAUAUGGCCAAUCCAGUACACACAACAAUCCUGAAAUUCAUGACUACCAGGCUCCUUAUAUGUGUAACAUUCCCGCGGUGCAGCAACACUGGCAUCCCAGUAACAUAAGGCCAUCGCCCCAUGACAACAGGCACAAACAUUACAACCGGACACCAUCAGCACCAGAUGGCAGAAACGCAAGAUAUGUUCAAGAGCAGAACCUGAAGAACGUAGGAAGGAAUCAUAGCAUUGAUCACGAUAAACUCAUGACUGCACUUUGAGAAACUAGGAAAAUACUUGUUCCUAUUUACGAUUUGAAACCAUUCCCCCAUUUCAGUUGCAGUCCAGCGUUAUCUGUGGAGACAAGUAAUUCAAAAGUGGGAAGACACUGGGAAAGCACAUCGUCUUUUAUCAUUGGAUGUACAAUUCUCUGUAGACAUUUCUACACACUAAAGAUUCUCCUUCGUCUCCUCAGUGUAUUGCACAGCGAACGUUUAGUAUUUCUUUUGAAAUAUUAGCAGAUGCUAUGGUUUUUGUUUGACAUGUGAUGCAUCAUACAGAGUGACAUGUUAUGUUUGCCACAAAUUAAUGACCCAUGUGCUGGUAGAAACAGGAGUUUGAGCAGGUUGAAUAUUUGCCAAAGUUGAGACUUUCUCCUGUGGUGAAAGCUUACAGUUUUGAGUAAUAAUUACAUUCAAUAUAUCUGUGAAUUUGUGUGUGGGUAUGGGGGGUAACCUCAAGAUCACUAUAUUAGGUAAGUAGGGAGGGAGAUGAGAGUAAGAUCAGGUGACCUAAUGGUGAUUAGAAUAUGCUUAUGCAGAUUUGUUUUUGCCAAUUGCUGGGUCUGUCUUCUUACAUCAUUUUAUCUGAACUCUUGAGUUUUUCUCAUCAGUUCAGAUAGUGCAGAUUGUGAGAUCAGUAGCUGCUCUUCUAUCACACUGCGAAUGGGUGCAUCACAACUAUAUCCUUUAUGGGUAUAAUGACUGAUGUGCUGCUGCAAGCUAUGUGCUACCUAUAUUGUAUCACUUCAGUCAAUUUAUUUUAGAUUUGUUUUAACAACUGUAUAUUAGAGCUGUACUGGUUAAUGAAAAUAUUUUUAAGUUAGUGAAUUUCUUCCUCCUUCCAAACUUUCCCUGUACUGUACAUCACAUUUAAUGAAGAGGCCAGGCAGGCAAUCAGUGCCAGGGUAAUGAUGCUCUGUAUCAACUACAGAGAGGUCCUGGGUGAGAUUUUUCUGCUCAUUUAAAUCUUUUAAAAAUGGCUACAGCAGUGAUGGCCAACCCAUGGCCCACAGGCCCACCAAACAUUCACACUAGUCUAAGUGAGUCUGUUUUAAAUCAAUAUUUUAUUUCCAGUAGCUACUGAGUGUCAAUGUUUAUGGUGUGGCUAUAAAUCAAGAAAUAUUCAAUCAAGAAAAUUUAUUUGGUUGGCCACUGCUCUACAAGCUUUCCUGAUGGCUUAAAGGGUAACUUCAGUGCUGCAGGGUUAGGAAAUGGAUAAAUCACUUGGGCUUUGUGCUACCAUUUGCAUUCCAACAACUCCAGCUAGAAAGUGGACAUACUUCAGAUGAGGAUGGAAUCAGCUAUGUUAUUCUCUUACUUUCUCGCCUUCCUACAGUCACUGAGUGAACUCUUAAGAGAAGAAUGAUCAGUUUGGUGGUGUGCUGCAAAGCCACUGGUGUCUGUGGCAGGUCCCUCGGUCAGAGUUUAUGCCAUCAGACAGGGGGAAAAAAUUUAAAACAAGACAUUUACUACCUCCCUGAUGUUAGAGCUGAGAUGAGCAGUUCAAUGUGUGGAGCAGAGUGAGGACCUGUUCUGGUGCUUUGGGGGCAUGGCACAGUGCAUUGUGCAGAAGUUGUGUAGUGCUGGGUGGUAAGUGCACAAUGCAGUGUUGUCUGUACCUUUUUUUUUAAAACUGUAGGCACAAGUACAGUACAGCAAGGAAACUACACUGAAGCAAGUGGGAACUGUGCAUUAUUCUGUUUUUAAUUAAAAUUGAUUUUAGCCCACAAAAAAUAAUGAGCUAAUCCAUGAUGCUGGUGUAGGACUGAGCCAAGCCCAGUUCUACCCAGAUAUUUGAUCCAGUUGUUCUCUCUUAUUCUUCUCUCCAAGUUAGUUUCAGUUCCAAAUCCAGCACUGUAAUACGUUUCCAGUCUUUUGAGCUGAUAGGCAGGUUGCACAGUUGCCUACACAGUUUUAUAUACUUUUCAUUGUAAUGGUUUAUUGUAAUCAAAUGUUUGCUACCAUCACUAGUAGAAUAUUGAAUUACACUAACUAUUUUGCAUAGCCUGGUUGUAGGAUAAAGUCAAAGUAUGCUGUCAACUGCAUUGGUACCUGAUAAAACUGACAAGAGUUACUCAAGAACGUUUAGGUGAUUUGCUUUAGGAACAUAACAACUGGUAUCAAAUGAUCUUGAGAUAAUGGAUAAACUUUUUUUAAAGAGAAAAAUUUGCUAGCUUUUUAAUUUGUUUAUGGAGCAGCUUAUUUUAUUCAUUUACAUAAACAUUUCCUUAACCAUUGCUUUGUAAAUAUAAGACUGCUCCUUCACUCUCUUUCACUUUCACAUAUGUUCUUUUCAAUCAGUAGAGUGUGAUGAAACAAAUUUUUCUAAUGGUCCAAAAGCGUGAUGUGUUUAAAAGCUCAAGGUGUCACUGAACAUUAGACACUACAGUGAACAAAUACAAUACUAUUCAAAGCAGAAUUAGAAAAUAGGUUCCAGUGCGUUGAGAGCCUGAAAAACAUUCAAUGUCAGCCCUUCAAAAAAAAUUCUUCAUAAAACCUGUCUCCGUGUUACAUUCAUGUGUUUUUAUAGCAAAAUGUUUCCACAAUUUCAAAGCUUUAUAUGUGGGUAUCCACCCACCCUGACCAGAUUACAUUAGAGGAGAGUGAAUGACUGUCUAAUCGUUAAGUGCAAGCUCAAUCGACUGAACACAUUUGAUUUACUUCUCUUCCAUUCUUCAUCUUCAUAAACAUUACUCAAAACUGAACACCAAUCAUCACCAGAUUUUCGCCAGGGCACACUGGCAUACAUUCAUUUACUCUUCCACGAACCAUCCAGUCCUAAUCGUUUGUUGAGGCUCAUGGAUAUAGCCUCUUAAUUUUCCUCAUUCUUUAAUUGUGCUUGUGCUGACUGGAGAGGGCACAAAGCAGGCCAGUGGCUUUUAAUGAAUGUAACUUUCCUGCUAGCAUAUUUUUAAAUAUGAACCAAAUGUAUUUUUUCUUUAUAAAGGGAGAGAUAAUUUCUGGAGUUUGAUGUGUAAAUCCAGUGGACAAAAAACAUUUUAUGGUCUUAGAUUUAAGUCUAAAAAUUUAAUGUGGUGCAGAAUUGGAAAAUUCUGUGUAGAAUUACAAUUUUAUGAAAGUUGAGACUUGAGAGCAUUAUCAAUUAUGUGCUUAUGGUGUAGAUGCUACAUGGUGAAUCAUUGAUCUGUGUUGAAUUAAUUACUAUGUAUACUAUUGAUGGGUUUAUUUUUUAGUUUUUGAGGGCAUAGUGUUAUGAAUCUAGCCAGCACAAACAAGUCACUGUAUGCAUAAAUCUAAUGAAUAAAAUAGAUAAUUAUGUAGCAAAACAAA